UCUACUUCCUGGAUUAUUCUUUCGUGGUGCGAUAAAAAAAAAUCAUUAGAUUAAAAUUCGAGCAGAUGUGUGGCAGAUUAAUACGACAGAGGGAAAUCACCGUCAAGUCAAACAGAAGGACCCAAAUCCAUCACAAAGAAGCAUCAAAGCAGCUAAGCUUUAAUCAUUCUUUUGUAAACAAGAUUCUUCCCAAACAGACCACUCUAGUUUGAUGCAACGUUAGCUAGCUAUUCAGCUCAUUUUAGCGUUCAAGGGUGUCUUUGGCAAACAAAACACUAGAUUAUGGUAAUAAAACAGGCAUGUUUAAACUGUAGUAGCGCCAGUGCCUGCCAAUUCAACAGACAAUUGUGUUUUUAACAGCGUAGGUAGCAGUAGAAACUGAACAGGUUGUUGGAUAGCUAGCGAUUCCAGCGGUCUCUGUUACUCAACGAUAAAAGGUAGUUAGCUAGCUAACGGUAAAGAAAUCCGAUAUGUCGAAAUACACUAGUUUUCCGGAGCCGAAUGACGAUCACAAUCCAUUUCAGGAUCCUUCAGUGACUCAACAUAGUAGCAACACAGACUAUCCUACGCUGGACCUCUACAAUCCAUUUGACAACAGAGCGACCGGGCCUCCACCUCCUUAUGAGGCCACCUCUCCAUCUGCCCCACCUCCAACUCAAAUCCCACCCAGCAGGACCACUCCCACAGAACCUAAAAACUACGGCUCCUACAGCACACAGCAAUCUGCAGUGAAUUCUACCACAGAAGACCUCCUUCGGAAGCAGGAGGAGCUGGAGCGGAAAGCCAGGGAGCUGGAGAGGAGGGAGCGAGAGCUGGACUCCCACGCCCGCGGCACAGGGACCGGCCGUCAGAACAACUGGCCUCCUUUACCAUCUUUCUGUCCAGUGGGACCCUGUUUCUAUCAGGAUAUUAAUGUGGAGAUAAGCCAGGGCUUCCAGCGAACAGUCACCAUCAUGUACUACUUCUGGAUGUACACAGCUUGUGCUCUGAUCUUCAACCUGAUCUCUUGCCUGUCCCUGUUCUGUGUGGACACCACUGGUGGAGUGGGCUUGGGCUUGGCCAUCCUCUGGUUUCUGCUCUUCACCCCUUGCUCGUUUGUCUGCUGGUACAGGCCCGUGUACAAAGCCUUCAGGAGUGAUAGCUCCUUCAACUUUUUUUUGUUCUUCUUCAUCUUCUUUGUCCAAGUGGUGGUCUAUGUAAUCAUGACCAUUGGCAUCCCUGGCUGGGGCUUCAGUGGUUGGAUCGUGGCGCUUGGUGCGCUGAAUAGGAAUAUGGCAGUUGGAGUGAUCAUGCUGCUGAAUGCCGUGGCCUUCACUGCCCAGGCCGCUAUGGGAGUUGUCAUGCUCAAGAAGGUCCACUCUUUGUACAGGCAGACCGGAGCCAGCUUCCAGAAGGCCCAGGCGGAAUUCGCUACUGGCGUGCUUUCCAAUCAGGCAGUGCGCCAGGCAACUGUGAGUGCCUCUGCCUCGGCCGCACAGGGGGCCUUCAUCGGAGCCCAGUAGAGUGAAGGACUAAGGGCAGUGGGGAUGGGGGGGAGGGAGAGGAUGGAGGGCCAAAAAAUAGGAACUAGGGAUCGUCCUAUACUUGCAGGCCGACUUUGUUCCAAAUGACACCUACUAACUUGUGCUAGGUAUUUCUUGAUUGUGUGUAAGGUGUAGAUACCGUAGAUCAAGGUGAAAUGUAAUAACAUGAUGUUGCCCAUUUAUUGGCUUGCUAACUGGUCAGCCGUACUGCUGAACCUCAGACCUGCUAGUCACUCAUUUUACCAAAUUAGUCUAUAUAAAUACCUAGCUGAAGGAACAGGAAUUGCCUGUGUAAUUUCCUGUCAUGUGCUGAAUAAGGAAAGGGAGGAAAUCAGUGAAUUAUGGAUGGCCAUUACUAACCGUUGGGCAGGUGUUGUGAAUAAUGCUACUUUUGUGGUAGGAUUAUUAACCUGUUUGAGAAAUGAAAGUGAAAAGGUUAAGAAGCAUCAGGAAAGAAACAGAGAGAAUCAUAAUUAUGCUUCUUGUUUGUAAUAAGAGUCAGGAGGUGUGACAGUAUUGAGUUUAAAUAGUGAAGAGUUCACACCAGAAGUGACUACUUGCAACACAGAUCUAAAGUAGCCUGUACACUGUAGCAUACAUUCUUUAAAUUGCAAGUAAAUACACAUAAAUGUACAUUAAAAGACAGUUUAACUGUUAUGUAAUAGACAAUACACAAUGAAAUCAUUUUAAAAGGUGUAUUCUAUAAGAUUUAAACACAAAUGUCUUAGAAAUUAGGCAUAUUGCUCUGUAACCUGACAGGACUUGUCAGUCAUUUUUGAGAGGACAGCCUGAGGUAACCAUCACUGUUUUAGUUGUUAAAAUGAACAUUAGAAAGAUGUUAUUUUGGAUCUUGGCUUCAUAUUUUACCCAAUGCAGCUUUACCAGUUUGGUACUAAAACAUAUAUGUUCCAGUAGCUCCAUUUCUACUUAAGACUGUUGCCAUUCUGCCUGCCUCUUGCUGAUGAUCAGUAACAGAAAAUUACAGACAUCUGAUUGCCACAUAUUGUAUAAACUUUUGAUUGGCACGUGUUGUAUAUAUUUCUGACCAGACUAGAGACCCCUUAUGUUUCUGGUGGUGGGUUUACUUUUUUCCCAUGUAGGACAUGGUUUACUGUGGUGCCACAUUUGUAACUGCUAAUUUUGAUGCAUUUUGUAUUCUAACCUGAAUGCCAAACAAAAUGUUCCUUGACUCUUCUUUACUGUAUUGAAAAUAUGGAGGGGGCAUAAAUCGCCAGAGCAAAGCAAAUUACCAACAGUCUAGCUCUCAUUGUUCUGUUACCUGUUUUGAAUGUAUAUAUUUUGCCUUUAUAGACAUAUUCUGUCGUAAUUCUUCAUAUUUAUCAAGGAAUGCCAAUUUAAGAUUUUGCAUAAUGCCAAAAGUAUGUCUACAACCUCUCCACCCCCCACCCCAAAAGCCCGCAUCCAAACAAACAAAAAAAACGUGUGUGCGUGUGUUUUGGUAUUGGUGCUGUAGGCUAUUAUGUUUGUCAUCGCAGUUUAAUUGUUUUAAUAAAAUUAAUGUAUGUGAAUCUAA